CCCAUUCAAAUAAAAUUGUCGUUCAUAAAGCAAAAAAAAUUUCUUAGUCUCCCAAAUUUCUAGUUAGAAAAUAAGUUUUAAAAAUGGUACUAGCUUCCGAGAGCUGUGGUUGCAUGUCAACCGCUCAACAAUCUUCACAAUGCAUUACAAACUUUAUACGUAAUCCACAUAUUCUUGCUAUGGAGGAGGACUAUCUCUAUCAUUUAGGAUUGGGCACGAAAACACAUGAUCUGCCGGCGAUGUUUGGUGAUGUAAAGUUCGUCAUUGUUGGCGGCACACCGAAACGUAUGGAAUCAUUAGCAAAAUAUUUUAUGCAUGAAAUGAAAGCCAAACUGCCGAUCGGCACACAGUUGUCCGAUAUCACCGGUGCCGCUGAGCGAUAUUCGAUGUACAAAGUGGGACCGAUUAUUUGUGUCAAUCAUGGUAUGGGCAAUCCAUCAAUCAGUAUUUUACUACAUGAAUUGAUCAAGCUCAUGUAUCAUGCGAAAUGUAAGAAUCCUGUAUUCAUACGUCUUGGCACAUGUGGCGGCUUGGGUGUGCCGGGAGGUACGGUGGUCAUUUCGGAUGGUGUACUCAAUGACAAAUUAAAUGCGGAACACGAAUUUAAAAUUCUCGGCAAUAUCGUUGCGCGUCCCACAAAGCUGGAUGUCAAUUUAGCACAAGAGCUGAAGUCUUUAGCAAACCUGAGUGAUGAUUACCAAACGGUGGUGGGAAAAACCUACUGCGCCGAUGACUUUUACGAAGGCCAAGGUCGUUUGGAUGGCGCAUUUUGUGAUUAUAAAGAAGCUGACAAAAUGAAGUGGUUGAAUAUGUUAAGACAAAAAGGUGUGGUGAAUAUUGAAAUGGAGAGCUCCAUGUUUGCUGCGCUGACCAAUCAAGCGGGCGUUAGAGCAGCAAUCAUUUGUGCGGCCAUACUAAAUCGACUCGAUGGCGACCAGAUUUCCGAAUCCAAGGAAACACUAACGGAGUGGCAAGAACGUCCCGCUAAAUUAUUGGCGCGUUACAUAUGCAGACAAUUGAACGUUCGCGACGAAGGCUGCAAGUAAGUGAACCACUGAAAACAGUGGUAAUUAUCAGUGACCACAACCAGCUGUGAAGCGAGAUCUAAAGACCUAAGGAAUCAGGCUACUGUUAGCCAAUUCCAUGAAACUAGAAAUGGGAGAAAAAAAAUUUCCUUUCGGCAACCAACCAAAAUUUAUUUGUUUAAUACUAUAAAAUAUACCGAUUUUU